GCCAGAGCGCGCCGCGAUUGGCUGCGGGCGCGGCCGGCCCCCGGCCGGAGCACCCGUCGGGCGGAGCGCCUGCCCGGCUCACUCCGCCACGCGACCUCAGCCCGGCAACAUGUGCAGCGGUGCCGAGGGAGGCCCUUGGCCGCUGAAAGACGCGCCGACAGUUACCGCCGCGGCUCUCGACCACUACCGACUCCAACUCUACAACUACGCCGUCGCCGAGCGACUCCGCCUUUACCCUCCGAGUGUCGCACCAUGCUACGCACCAUAUGCUCCACGCUUGGCGCUCUCCAUGUCCCUGCUCCAACACCGAGCGCUCCAACCUGAAGAACCGAAACCCCAGCACAGCUACAUCGGCCUUAUCGCUAUGGCCAUCCUCAGCUCUCCGGAUCGCAAGCUCGUACUCUCCGACAUCUACCAGCACAUACUCGACAACUACCCCUACUUCCGCUCCCGCGGACCCGGCUGGCGGAACUCCAUCCGACACAACCUAUCCCUGAACGAUUGCUUUGUUAAAGCUGGACGAUCCGCGAACGGAAAAGGACAUUACUGGGCGAUUCAUCCGGCGAACGUAGAGGAUUUUAGGAAAGGUGAUUUUAGAAGACGAAAGGCGCAGAGGAAAGUAAGGAAGCACAUGGGAUUGGCAGUCGAUGAUGACGGAGAGGAUUCACCAUCGCCGCCGCCGCAGUCACCGCCGCCAACAACGCUCGCGCUGCCUUUUUGGGGAGCAGCGCGGUUGCCGGGAGGCGGCCAGCCGAGGAAGCGGCAGUUUGAUGUUGCCUCGCUGUUAGCACCGGAUGAUGUGCCUGAAAAGCGCGCCCGGAGAGACAGUAAUAGUGAAGAAGAAGCGGAGGAGGAUAUUGAUGUAGUGGCUAGUGAUCAAGAGCCGAGUCCGGAGAGCGAGGAGCAGUGCGCUGCGCCGGCCCCGUACCCGCUGCUGGGCGGCUGGUGGCCGGCGCUGGACCCGGCGCUGCUGCAGCAGCUGCGGCGGCACGCGGCCUCACCGCCACGCGCGCCCAGCCCCGGCCACCCCCAGCGCCCGCCGGACACUUAAACACAUUCCACGUCUCUGUAUAUUUUGUGAAUACUUAGUGAACUUUUCGUGUUAGAAAUCCCGACGGAUAAUAAAUGUUGCCUAGUGAAAUACUCAUGUUGAUGUUAAGCUGUCCUAUCUCCUGUUCUAUUCUGAAAUUUCUAUGCUCACUUCUUCGUGGGUCUUCAACGUCUAUCUAUCUAUUCUAGUUGUGUUGUGAUGAUGUUCUGAACUAUGUUUCGUGAUCGCGCGUUCAUAUCUUUUUCGCGGCGGUGCCUGGUGAUCUGUUAUUCUUAAUUUUACUAUAAGUAUGUAUAAUCUGUAAAUUAUUGUACAUUAUUCAUAUAUUUCCAAUAAUAAUACCUAUUUAGCGAAGUGUUCGUUCGUAGUAAUAUUCAUUCUAAUAAUGAAGUCUGAAAACGACCAAUCGGCUGUAGAUUAAUAUUCUUAGAGCUAUUUGUAUAUAUGAUAAAUAUGAUAAUGAAGGUCACAUUGUUAUGGACAAUGUUGAACAUGCUGUUAUCUGUUUAGUAACAAGACAUUAAUGGAUUUAAAUUACAAUAUGAUGAGUCUAUACAAAUCUCUGAAUAAAUAGAAAGUUUAACUUA